AUGGCCGCGAAGGCAGCAGACCACGUGGGCAGCAGGGAGGAGUUGGAGGUGUCAGUGGAGGCGGGCAACCUCGCCGACGACGACGCCAUGCGGCUAGACGACGACGGGCGGCCGCGGCGGACGGGCACCGUGUGGACGGCGAGCGCGCACAUCAUCACGGCGGUGAUCGGCGCCGGCGUCCUGUCCCUUGCGUGGGCGAUGGCGCAGCUGGGCUGGGCGGUGGGCACCGCCAUGAUGCUGCUCUUCGCCGGCAUCAGCUACUACACCUCCACGCUGCUCGCCGAGUGCUACCACUGCGGCGCCGGCGACCCGGAGUCGGACGCCGGGACCGGGAAGCGCAACUACACGUACACGGAGGCCGUGCGCAGCAUCCUCGGCGGCGCCAAGGUCAGGCUCUGCGGCGUCAUCCAGUACGCCAACCUCGUCGGCAUCGCUAUCGGAUACACCAUCGCCGCCUCCAUUGUUGGAACUCGACGCAGCUGCGCGGCCUGGAACGCGAACACCGACGACGGCGCGGUGACCGUGGCGAGAGCUAGGGCUGAGACAGAUGUAAAACUUACGAGGAAGAUGAGAAUUAGGUACUGCCAACGUUACAGCCCUUUGAGUCCUUUGUUCAUGUUUAUAUAA